AUGGCCAGGACGUUGGCGUCGCUGGCGGCGCGAAGAGCCCGCGUCGUAGACGACGACGACGACGGACGGAAGCUGACGGUGCAGGGCAAGGAAGGCGACAAUUUGCUCGACGUGGUCAUCAACAAUGACCUGGACUUGGACGGGUUCGGUGCAUGCGAAGGCACAUUGGCCUGCUCCACGUGCCACCUCAUCUUCAAGAAGGAGGACUAUGACCGGCUGCCGGACAAGCCAAGCGACGAGGAGCUGGACAUGCUGGACCUGGCCUAUGGGCUGUGCGAUACGUCGAGAUUGGGCUGUCAAGUGGUGCUAGAGAAGCAUAUGGAAGGACUCGAGGUGAAGGUGCCCAGUGGCACGAUGGACGCGCGAGAGCGGUGA